CCAAAAGAGCUAGUCGUGUGGAUAAAACGUGUCUUCCUUCAACCAAUCAAAUUCCACAAUUCACAAUUCCCCCCCAUCUCUAACCCACCCUACUAUUUCUACAUUACAUUUUCUCUCUCCUCCAUUAACGAACAACAAAACAAUACCCUGUCUUCACCUCUCCACACGCCAAUUUUUUCCUCUCCUAGGUCUCCCAAUUUCAACCUCGCUCGAAGGUCUCCAAUGGCGGUUUCCAGUGGUUUAUCCACCUCUUUCGCUUUGGAGACUCUUCUUCACGCCGCAUCUCCCACCGCCGCCGCCGCGUCGUCCUCGUAUUCGCCGUCGUUGAUCAACUUUUCCGGUCGGACUCACCGCCGUGUUCAGCGCCGAUUUCCUUUGGUUAGCCCUAGAUGUGAGGGUUCCUCCGAUAUUGCGAUUACUUCUGUUGAUUCUGUUCGGUCUUCUAGUAUUUCUGCUCUUGAACAGCUCAAAACCUCUGCUGCUGAUCGGUAUACUAAGGAAAGGAGCUGCAUUGUUGUUAUCGGUCUCAGCAUUCACACUUGUCCGGUUGAAAUGCGUGAGAAGCUUGCCGUUCCAGAAGCCGAAUGGCCUCGAGCAAUAGAAGAAUUGUGCAACUUAAACCAUAUUGAGGAAGCUGCCGUGCUUAGCACAUGCAAUAGGAUGGAGAUAUAUGUUGUUGCUUUAUCACAGCAUCGUGGAGUUAAGGAGGUCACAGAGUGGAUGUCUAAGACUAGUGGAGUUCCUGUAUCUGAGAUCUGCCAGCACAGGUUUUUGCUAUACAACAGCGAUGCCACCCAGCACAUCUUUGAAGUAUCAGCGGGGCUAGACUCUUUGGUUUUGGGCGAAGGUCAGAUUCUUGCUCAAGUCAAACAGGUUGUUAAAGUUGGACAGGGAGUUGUUGGCUUUGGAAGGAACAUCAGUGGUUUGUUCAAGCAUGCAAUUACUGUUGGGAAGAGGGUCAGGACUGAGACAAGCAUAGCUGCUGGAGCUGUUUCUGUGAGCUCGGCUGCUGUUGAGUUGGCCUUGAUGAAACUUCCGGAAUCUUCCCAUGCUAGUGCCAAAAUGUUGGUGAUUGGAGCUGGAAAAAUGGGUAAGCUUGUGAUCAAGCACUUGGUAGCAAAAGGGUGCACAAAGAUGGUGGUUGUAAACCGAAGUGAGGCGAGAGUUGCUGCUAUUUGUGAGGAACUGCAGGAUGUGGAAAUUAUCUACAAACCUCUGACUGAAAUGCUUGCCUGUGCUGCUGAAGCAGAUGUUAUUUUCACCAGCACGGCCUCAGAGAGCUUAUUAUUUAAAAAAGAGGAUGUACAAGCUCUUCCUUUUGUAGGCUCAGAAGUGGGAGGUGUUAGGCGAUUUUUUGAUAUUUCUGUUCCAAGGAAUGUUGGUUCGUGUGUCUCAGACCUUGAAAAUGCACAAGUUUACAAUGUCGAUGAUCUCAAAGAAGUAGUGGCUGCCAACAAGGAGGACCGUUUAAGGAAAGCAAUGGAAGCUCAGGCUAUCAUUGCAGAGGAAUCCAAACAGUUUGAAGCUUGGAGGGAUUCUUUGGAAACAGUCCCCACCAUCAAGAAGUUGAGGGCGUAUGCUGAGAGAAUCAGAGUUGCAGAGCUUGAAAAAUGUUUGUCCAAGAUGGGUGAUGAUCUUCCAAAGAAAACUAGGAGAGCAGUUGAUGAUCUUAGUAGAGGAAUUGUGAACAAGAUUCUUCAUGGUCCAAUGCAGCACCUUCGAUGUGAUGGUAGUGACAGCAGAACUCUGACUGAGACUCUUGAAAAUAUGCAUGCAUUAAACAGAAUGUUCAGCCUUGAGACAGAGAUCUCUGUGUUGGAGCAGAAAAUUAGAGCCAAGGUGGAGCAGAUCCAGAAGUAACGUCUUGUGCAGAAAUUUCUUCCACAAUUCUUCAUCCCUCAUUUCUGAAUAAGGGGAGAGCUUCCUCAUCUUGUCAAGAGAAAUAUUAUUAUGUAAACAGGAAGGAAACCUGAAGGUUUCUUUCCAUUCAUUGAUUUAUCACUCACUUUUUUUAACAUUGAUGUCGGAUCCCUUUCAAAUUGUAUGCUCUUCGUGUCCGGCCCUUUCAUGAUUUCAUGAAAUCUGAGGAUGACAUCUUGGUUAUGCAUUCAAGUAAAAACGGCUCAGUUGUAAUAUUGUAAUUUUUGUAAUUAAUGUAUGUAUAAUGAUUAUUUUUGGUAGUACUAUAAAUUUCCCAACCUUGAUCUGUUGAUUCUACCUAACAUAGCAACAUGUAGUAUGCUAGUCAGGUUGCAAUUACAAGAGAUCUGAACUUUGUGCUUUAGACA